CGCUCUUAUGGCACUGAAGACAGACCGGCCGAACGCCAGGUGCCGCCCCGGGACGACAUCUUCGAGUAUAUCAUCUUCAGGGCCGGCGAUAUCAAGGAUCUGAUUGUCGACGACCCGCCCUCUACUAUAGCGCCCGGUUUGGCCGAUCCGGCGAUUAUUCAAGCCCACUCGACGUCGACGUCCAGCGGCGCUACCUUCCCGUCGACGACGUUCCCCCAGAUGUCGGCCAACAGCGCCAAUAUUAGCGCCAACAGUGGUCACCGCCCGACAGCGCCGGCCUUCAGCUCCGGCCAAAGCGCUAUCAAUUCGCUGGGACUGGGCUUUAAGUCCAACGCCUCGAACGACUCGCGCUCUCAGAACUCGACCCCUACCGGCGGCGGUGGUCAGCCUCGCCCGCGUACACCGCAACACGACUCAGUGCCCGCUUCGGCCCAAUCCGUUGGCAAUAAACAAACCGCAAACAAAGAGAAUCAACGCGUGAAGAACUCUUACGCCGAUAAGUUGACCGGCGGUGGAAGUGGUGGCGGCGGCGGCGGUGGUGGACACCCCGGAGGGCAGCAGCAAAGGGAUCAAUACCGCAGAGAUGGCGGCGAACGGCGUGGAGGAGGCGGUGGUGGCGGCGGCGGCGGCCAACCGCAUCAUCCGCAGCAAGCUUUCCAACAGAACUACGCGUACGCCCAGAAUCGGCGUGGAUCUGGUGGCCCACCGCAGGGCGGAGGCGGACACUAUCGUCAGAAUCAGAACCAAAACCAUUUGCCGCAUGUCAUCCAUCAGUCCAGCAAUCGUUUUGCCGACAAUAGACAGUACGACAACAGGCGAUACGACAACAAUAGGCAACAGUUCAACAGUUACGGCGGCGGACAGCGUAGGCCGCAAAUGCAGGGCAGAGGCGGCGGUGGCGGUCAAUCGCGCGGUCAGAACCGAAUGGGUGGCCAGAAUCGUGUGCCUAAAGAGCCGCUCAAGUUUGACAAAGAGUUCGACUUUGAGAAGGGUUUCGAGGAGUUCUCGGAGAUGGAGAAGAAGCUGACGAAUCUUAAACUGGACGGCAACGGGUCGGCCGACGGACCGGCGCCCGACGAAGACAAGGCCGGCUCAGAGGGGAAGGCCGACGGCUCGACGAACGGCGAUAAGGAGCCCAACGACGACCACUUCUACGAUAAGGCGAAGUCCUUCUUCGACACCAUUAGCUGCGAAGCGCUCGAACGCGAAAAAGGGAAUGUCCAGCGAAUCGAUUGGAAGGCCGAACGAAAGCUAAACUCAGAGACGUUCGGUGUUGUGGGCUAUCGACGCAUCUUCGGCAGAGGUCGCGGCGGUUAUGGUUACCGAAACUAUGGCGGAGGGUAUCGGGGCUAUAGAGGCGGCGGUGGGUUCGGCAGAGGCGGUGGCGGAGGGUUCAACUCAGGCGGCGGCGACACCCGUCGGUACAACAAUAACAAAGGGCCACAACAACUGCAGACACCCAACAAUCGUAACGCCAAUCAAUAGAGCGGUUCCCAUAUAACGAAGACACCAUUUAAACACCAUUUUUAACGUAAAGAGAAAUUGAUUUAUGAUUUUUGAAUUGAAUCAGAAUUUAAACGAUUAGCUAUUAUAAUGAAAACAUGAUAUAAAAUACCUGUCCUUUGUAUGAAUUAUAUUGAUAUAAAUGAAAACAUAAAUACAAUUAUUUUAAACAUAAAUACAAUUUAAAUGAUAACUAACUAUUGAAAUGAAUUGAAAUCUAAAUACAAACCUAUUGUCAAAACACGUUUCGGUUAACCAUUUGAUGAAAAAGCUCUCAUUUUUAGACCAAAAAAUAAAUUUCAAUACAAAUACAUAAAUGUUAUGAUAAUUAUUAUUAUAAUUAGCGGACAAAUCACUGAUUAUAUGUAAAAUAUAAUUAAAUUUGAAACAUAAUUGAGAAUAUAUUUAAUUAUAUAAAUAUUGAGCAAAACUAACAGAAAAAUGACACGACUUUUAAUUUAAAAAAUAAUAAUUUAAGAAAAAUUGUUUUUUUCGAUACAUUUAAAUAAAAAAUUACAAUAAUUUAAACAACAAUUACAUUGUAUUUCGCCUCCAAAAAAACAAUACACAUUUGUCUCUCUCUUUCUGUAUUAAUAUUAUUAUUACAUUUAAUUAUUAUUACAAUUAACUUAUAUUUGUAUUAUUUUUUGUUUUGUCAUCAAAAACAACAACAAUUUGCGACAAAAACUUACAACAAAAGUAGUGAACAAUUUGUUUUGAAAUGAAAAUUAAAUAUUUUUUUGAAUUAUAAUUCAAUUUAAA